ACAUGGCGCGGCCCACUGAUUGAGUUUUGAGCGUGGUGUCGGUCAGUUCUAGAAACGUUGGUGUCGGUGGUGUUGUCUCCGCGACGCGUUGAUCAAACAGACCAUGGGUGAAUCUGAGCGAUCAGAUGCAGAUUCACUGCGCAGCCGACUGAUUGCCGAGGAUGCUUACAUGCUUAGCUUAAUUGACACGGUGCCUCCGAAAUACUACUUCGACGCUGACACUGUGGAAGCAUUGAUGGAAGAAGUCAACUCUAAAGUGGCGAACCGGGUGCAAGGCUCGGGUGUCAAGAAGGCACACAAAAUGGCACGGCUGGACCCAGGCCUUUUCCAGACUGUCAGCCAGCUGCUACAGGCCAGUGAACCAAAAACUAAGAAGCAGCGGAAGGCCAAGGCAAGCCUGCACUCGGCCGCACUUGAUCGUGCCAGUUCUUUGGAUGAACUUCGACAGCGGCUCAGCCACAAGAUCGAGGCUCUUCGAGGCAAGAGGCCAGUUGGAGGUGAGCGCAAGGCCAAUAAAAAAGACGCCAAGCCUGCUGCCAAGCGGACCCAGAACAAGCAACACAAGCCGAAUCGGGACAGCUUGCCCGCUGCUAGCAACAAGAAAGCAGUAAAGGCAGGCCCGGCUGCACCCGUCUUCAACCGCGACAGCCACAUCGUGUACAGCAAAUUCGAGCUGGCCGACUCGUCAACUGGCAUGGAUGCUCAUCCCAAAGUUGAAAAGAAGAAGCUUGUCCGCCAACUGGAGGUAAAGGCCGAGAAAAUGAAAGACCUCGAGGAACGUGACCCAGAACGUGCUAAGCAGGCUCAGGAGAAGCAAAAGUGGCACCGAGCUCUGGACAGGGCAGAAGGAAUCAAGGUAAGGGAUGACCCAGCUCUGCUGAAGGCAACGCUUAAGCGGCACGAGAAACGGCGGCAGCAGAGUCGGAAGAAGUGGGAGUCACGAACCGAGCAUGUCAAGCAACGCCAGGAGGAACGUCAACAAAAACGACGAGACAACAUCAAGGCUCGCAAGCAGGCCAAACUUCAGACCAAGAUGAAGCGGCUGAAGAAAAAGGGCCACAUUGUGCCAGGAUUUUGAAAAGAUGUCAACGUUUUUGGGGUGCAUCAUAUUUUUCUAAAAAUUACUGUAUUCACAUGACCCCUAUCUGGUGUUGUAUUGACUUGCUCAUUAUUCUCCUUCAUGUCACACUGUAGUAUUGCAUAUUCACAUUAAUAUGCGUGCUGUGCUUUAAAAGGCCCCUAAACCACCCAGAUGUUGAAAUUCAGUUGUGGUGGAGAAGUUGUACGUGAGUGUACAAUGGAUGCAGAGCAGUGAGAAUUUUUUUUGAAACGGUGCCAUAAUAGCAAAGUUAGACCCGUGUGAUUAAUAAAAUGUGGCAAACACGGCUUUA